AGGACACCAUCUUUCUCACAAAAAGGAAAACGUAUUCCCUCGCAGAAAGUUUCAGCCCCGAAAACAAAAAUAUUGCUCAUACUUCUCAGAUCUUUCCCUAUUUUUAACACAAAAAACUCCACUACUGAAUUAUCUAACAGAGAUUUGCUCAGUAAUAGAACUUGGUUCAAUUUCCCAGAAGAAGAAAAUAAGAAAGAAAGAGAAACUGAUGGGUUACAAAAACAGAACACAAGCACGACUAGAAACAGAGACUUGUUUAAGUGAGACCUUAUUGUUUGCUACUAUGUGUAUAAUUGGACUCCCUGUUGAUGUUCAUGUCAGAGAUGGCUCUGUCUAUUCUGGUAUCUUCCACACUGCCUCUGUCGACAAGGAUUAUGGUAUUGUAUUGAAGGAAGCUAAAUUGACUAGGAAAGGGAAACUAGUUGCAAAUGUUGCCAAUGGGAGUGUCAUGGAAACACUUGUUAUUCUUUCAUGCGAUCUUGUUCAAGUUGUUGCCAAGGGAGUCCUUUUCCCAGCUGAUGGUAUCAAUGGAAAUGUAGCUAGUGAUUAUGUAGAAGCUGCUGUGGUGGAAGUCCCUUCUUCUGAGAUCUUAGAAAAUGAGGCAAAGGAAUCUAACAAGUCUGCUGUGGAUAAAAAGAAACUUAAUGAUAACAGGAUUUCAGCUGAAAACAAGAUUACUUCUGCUAAUGGAUUCCUGCCAAACAAAGUUCUAAAGGAGCAUGAUGGAAGAAAAUUUACAAAUCAUUCAGUAAUUGCCAUGGAAGUUGACCUCAGGAAGAAAGAUAUGACUGAUAUUUCAAAGUUCCUUAUUGCAGAGCGAAGAAGCUCCUGGUGCCUCAGUUCUUGGGAGAAUCCCGUCAAUUAUUUUUUUGACAGACAGAUUGGAGAUGAAAGAUCACAAGGGGAGCAUGAUCAUCAGAAACAAAAGUUUCAACUACAAAGAGAGAAGAGUGAUGAUGAAGUUCAAAGCUCAAAUUCAAUCUCGGUUCUCUGUCUUUCUGAAGGAAAGACUAUUGAGGAAGGGCGAGGGACAAGGAAACUGUCACCUAAUGGGUUAUCUUGUGGAAAUGCUGUUGGUUCAAGUAUUUCAACUGCUUCCAGUCCUCUAGUUGAGGUGACCUCAGAAUCACAUUCUGGUUCAUUAUCUUCUUCAGCAGAUGUGAUUUCUUCGCAAAGCUCAGAGUCCACUAAAAUCUCCAAGGAAUUCAAGCUCAAUCCAGGAGCCAAAAUUUUCUGUCCAUCUUUUGCAACUCCAAUAUCAGCCAACGCAGUGCCGGCAGUAUCAAGCAUGGCUUAUGUACCAAGCAACUCUUCUAUGAUACCUGCUGUUGCUGUCGCUGUUGCUGCUGCUCAGCCAGAAGUUGCUAUUAGUCCUUUUGCACCUCGGCCAUCUGUAACUGCCAAGUUUGCUCCAUACACUAACUUAGCUGCUGUAAACAGUGGUGCUGGUCCUCAAUUUUCACAACCAUUACAGAUUGUUGGCCACAUGGGGAACAGGACACAGCCGCUUAGAUAUGCUGGUCAAUAUCAUGCUGUUCAGGCUGCACCAGCAUAUGUGCCUCCAAAUUCUCAAGCUGUUGUGGUUGGACGACUUGGACAGCUUGUCUAUGUGCAAUCAGUUCCUCAUGAUUUGAUACAUAGUACAGCUACCAUCUCACCUAUAUCUGCACGUCCUCUGUUGACUCCGCAUCAGGUUCAAUAUCCUAAACAUCAAGGAAGUGCAACAGGACAGGCCCUGCAAAUGUGUGCACCCCCGCCUUUUAUAGCUAGUGGCCAGCAACCAUUUGCAAUGCCAAACCACAUUCCUCUUCUGCAACCUCCUAUCCCUGCUAAUCGUGCUAUCCCGGUCCCAGGAUCUAAUGCUCUUUUCAGCACCAAGUUUCCAUGAGUAUAUCCCACUGGUAUAAAUUCAUGAUUCUUUUCCAUGAACGACAAAAAUUUUGAUCCACAGAUUUUUCUGAAAGAAUAUGUAGUACAGAGGUGUUCCAAUUUCUAUCAUCAGUAUGCAGGGUUAAGCUCUUUCUAGCUUGGGUUUUGAUGUAAGACAAGAUUUAGGGGUUAUAUUUCAUUUUUGUGAAAAUGGGGGGAAGGAGGUUCGUAUACAGAAGGUGAGUUGCUAGUCGGGAGGAUCGAGAUGUACAUUAUUGAAAAAGCCAGAAAAAAACAGGCCCGAUGUUUUGAUAUAGAAUGUCAUUUGGAAAUUCUUUCAAUCUUGCCAUGACUAGUUCUUGUGGUUGCUGAGCAAUAUUUGAAUGAAGGCUACUUCAUCUCUUUA